AUUCCCGCCAAAUAUGCAGUCCACGCGAGGUAGCCUUUCGAAUAACACCAUCGCCAGUCACACUGCGCCUUUAUUUCUGGAAUUUUGCCGUUCAUAAUUCCCACUAAAACGAGAGAAUAAUAUGGCUCGCACGAAGCAGACUGCCCGCAAGUCCACGGGAGGCAAGGCCCCUCGUAAGCAGCUCGCCACCAAGGCAGCUCGGAAGAGCGCCCCGGCGACAGGCGGCGUCAAGAAGCCCCACCGCUACAGACCAGGUACCGUGGCCCUGCGCGAGAUCCGUCGCUACCAGAAAAGCACGGAGCUGCUGAUCCGCAAGCUGCCCUUCCAGCGUCUGAUCCGUGAGAUCGCCCAGGACUUCAAGACCGAGCUCCGCUUCCAGAGCUCGGCCGUGCUGGCCUUGCAGGAGGCGGCCGAGGCGUACCUGGUCGGGCUGUUCGAGGAUACCAACCUGUGCGCCAUCCACGCCAAGAGGGUUACCAUCAUGCCCAAGGACAUCCAGCUGGCUAGACGGAUUCGUGGAGAGCGGGCCUAGGACUUGCGAGUGACCGGAGAUGAAGGUGGAUUUGCCCCCGUGGACUUGACACUUUGUCAUGCCGUAAACUAACUUGGCACAGUUGAAUUUUUUUGAUUGGAUUUUUUUGUGUAUAUUCAACUUAAUGGAAACAAUGCGGUAUCCUGACGCUUUUGUCACUUUAACCUUGUCAAAUGAUGAUACAAACUUUUGGUUGAAAAACUACUUUGGACUAAAAACAAAGUUCUAAUUGUUGGGAAAAAUGAAACUUUAUGGUUAGCCAUAGAUGUUGUGCAUAACAGAUUGGUAUCGGUUGCAUAUGCUUUGAAACAAAUUUGCUCCAAGUUAUUAAAAACUUUACAAAUGGUGUUGAUCUUCUUGAGGACAUGUACAUAUCAACAAAGGGGGCGCUCAGUGCUGUAUUCUUUCCCAUCUUCAUUGUAAAACUUGCUUGGCCCAAUGGACUGCUUAAUUGGGAUUAUUUCUAAUUAACAAUCUGCACGUUAAUUAAAAGUUGUCCCCAGAUUUCAAAUCAUCUUUGUGACAAAAGGUAUUCACUGGAAAAUUUUCAAAUCAAAUUUAGUUUAGAUGACACCUUUCAAAAUUGAAAUAUCGGCUUCUCAGUAUUCCCACCUUAUUUGACAAUUGUUUUCAAACUAAUGUUGUCAAACUAAUGAAGUGUCGUCUGAACAAAUGGUCCUAUGAAACCAAGUUGGAAUGCAUGUAACCUUAAAGCAACUGGAUGAUUUUAUACUUGAUGAACAACCUGAUGUAUUGUAGAACCCUCCAGAAAAUUUUAACUAAGGAUUUUUGUAAAUAUUUAUAUUUUUUUUGAUUAAAAACUUUUGGUGUAAAAUGAAUAAAGAAAGUAGUCCUGUUUUUUUUUU